UCUGAGUGGAGACAGAGUGAAGGGAGGUUCUCGGUGUCCGCGGGUAGGCACAUGGCCCAUUUCUAACGGACGGAAUAAUGCGUGGACUUUAAAAAAGAGGAGGACUCCUGAUGUCACGUCUGCAGCCUGACCUCUGCGGGAGUUAAAGAAAAUUACCUCUUGGACCUGCUACAAGGCUCAACAGACUAUAAAGAUGGAUUCGUGUGCAUGGAUGAAUGGAUGGUGCCAACAGGUCGGACCAUCUAUGCAGUCCUCACAACCUGCUGCCUGGCAUAUUCAAGACUCAAUGAGGACUUGUCAGACCUCAUAUCCGUACAGGACAUCAAACACAGGAGCACCACCACCACAAGGUUCUCAAAGAUGGAACACAAACUGGCAGGCAUCAGCAGAUCGUGAUGAGGCGAUAUCCUCCAAGCAAACAUCUGCAGGGAUAAUGAAUCAUAACUACUGGAAUGUAAAUGGAAACUUUCAAAGUGGAAAUCCUCAUUUGAUGGCCAACAAUGGAUCUCGCUUUGCAGCUCAGCAAGGCCUUCCUCAAAACUAUCCUCAGAAUUCACUGGCAAAAGCUCCAUCCAUCAUGGGGACAGCAAAGAUGCAAAGCAGGUUCAUUUUUCAAAACGUUGACAUGGGGUCAGCAUACAAUACAGCUGCUACUUCAUUUCCAUAUGAGCAAGUGACUCGCUCUGACAAACUGGUGUCUUCCACUGCUCAUAACCUUAAUCACAGACGAAACAGCAUUCAGGAUGGAUUCUUUUCUUCCGUCCCACCACCAGAUUAUAUUACUGCUGCCUCUCAGUCUUUAAGAAACAAAAGCAAAACAAUAAACUCAUUAUCGAGCCAACACAUUUUCAGCACUCAGCCAACUCAGCAAAACCAUGCACAAGCUAACUACAGUGGAUGCUAUGACUCCGGCAGGUCAUCGAGAACACAUGGACUUCCUUUGAAUUCCUCUGAUGAAGCAAGAGAGCAGGUCAUUAUCGCCAGAAUUGCAGAAGAUUUGCACAAGUCAGUCACUGCUGAAUUAGAUGGUCGUUCUUCAGCUUAUCAAUCAGCAUACAGUGGGAAUCAGUUUGUCAGCCAGGACGGAGUGACAAAGUCCAAUCAUUGCACAGAGCCUGCUGUAAAUAACAACUCUUACAGCCUCCAGUCUUCACCUUUCAGUUCAGCACAGUCUUUGUCAAAAACCACCCACGCUGCAGCACACCACAGCAUGGGUGUAUCACCUCUUCAGAACUCGAAUAGUAUCUACAGCAGAGCUGCAGAGGCAGGCAUGGCAGCCAAUGCAGUUUCCCUCUCAAAAAAGGGAGUCUAUCCUUUUUCAGUCAAACUUCAAGGAAUGCUUGGAGCUGUCGGCCAAGGGAUGUCAAGUGAUAGCUCUGUCCAUUCGUCUCCUGGUUGCAUAGGCACCAGAGCUGUUGCUGUUGUGCAACCAUUGUCACAGGAAAGCCACCACCAGAAUGCAAGAGAGCACACCUCCUUCAACAUGAAAAAUCAACUGACUGAAUGCACUGCAACGGAUGAAUCUUUAUGCAAACUUCAAAGAAGGAAACAGGCAAAGAAAGAAAGACAGAGUAAGACUCAAUACAAAAUACCUGAGGAAGACCCAGAGAAGCCAAAGCAAACAACAUUCAACAAAUCUGAAACAAGUGCGUCAUCAGCAUCCAAUGAGUGGUUUUCAGAUUCAGCUGCAGCCUUGACACAAAAACAGUUAACAGAACCAGAGCUAGAUGCUAACACUCAAGUAGUUGAACAUGUUUCUCCAGCUGCUGAAGAAACAGCAGCUGCUGAAGUACCAGUGAGCCAGAGUGGGGAUAAGGACAAAACUGUAAAUCCAACUGAUCCUCCAGAGAGAGUUGUGAAGCUUUCUUCAAUCCCAACCAUCCAGUGCACACAUGGUACAGUACGAAAUAUCAUACACAAGCUCACUGAAACAUAUCAGGAUCACAUUAGAAGAUCCUCCGGUCAAGCUUUGUUCUCUGGAGAAAUGUUAAUACAAAUGUUUUGGAACGACGACCCCAAAGCCUCUACAAGUUGUAUGCAGACACCCUGGUUCAUUGAACUUCUCACUAAGGUGCAAGCUUUCUGCCAAGAGCAUGUAACAAAGGACACAGUCAUUAUGUCAGGAGUUGACGAAGCCAGUUGGAAGGCACUGGAGGGACACCAUAUCCUCAAACAUGAAGAAGUUUACACAGAACCACCCUACCAACCAUUUUGGCUGAACGACAAUGAGAAGCUAGAUGAUAUUGAAAGAGAGUUUGGCCUCCCGUGGCCUCUGAGGCGUCGCUCUCGAACACUAGAGAGUGACUUUCAGCUGGAUCAGGCUGAGGUAGUUGACAGCAUCUCUGAUCAAAUCAUCAGUGAGGUGUCAAACAUGGUCCUGUCCCAAACAGAGCAUGAGCUUGUUAAUGUCUAUGGAGAAAAAGCAGCCUGCACUGUUGAAACAGUUUCCACACUAACUAAUUCUGCAGGUAAAAAAGAGAGAGACAAUUCCAGCGACCCUUUUGGUGCUUUAGAAAUCAAAGUUUUGCCUCAAGAAGAGGCUCUACUGAUCCAUGAACAAACAGCAACAGGUGCUAAGAUCCAGUCGGAGAGAGGGGUGAGCAGCUCAGCAGGGGCCGAGCUACAGGAGGUGAUAAACGUCACAUUGAAUGACUCAUCGCAGGACGUCAGAGUGGACAGUCCCAUAGAACAGGUGUGCUGCAAUGAAAGGUUUAAAGAAAUCAUUUAUGGGCACAACAUGGCUUUGAGUGAAUGCAAGUGCCAGAGCGAGAAAAACCCUAACAAAAACUCAGACGGGGCAUUUGAGGAAGAAGAGAAGGGAGAACUGAAGAGUGCAGACAGCAAAUUUCACUCCAUGCAAGGGGAGAAUCCAGUUAAAGAUGGGGAGAGCAUCAACACACAAACUGUCAUAUAUGUUAAAACCAUUGACUCUAUGGAGAUUGGAGGAACAGACAGCAACCAGCCGAGCAGUGAGGACACGGUCGAUGGUCUCCUCAGCUGUGAAAACAGAACUCCUGAGCAGGUAGAAGAAGCUCAGGCGAGAUUCACAGGACGAAAACAGUCGAAUGGACUGGAGUUAAGUACGAGUGAAUCCAAAAAUCUGUCCCCAGGUGUGACUGAUUGGGAUAUGGGUCCUCUCUCCUGCAGUGACGGUGAAGGACAGAUUUCAGACCAGGAAGACAGCUUUGGACAGGCUCAGCUGACGUCGACCGAUGUGGGAGAGUCAUUACCCAGAACCAGAGAAGAAGCGGCUCAAACCAUAGCAACACCUGCCCUCCGUACUAUUUUCAACCUCAGCCGAAGCUGUGAAAAGGUUGAAGGAAAGCAGAAGACAUUAAAUAGUCAGGUUGGAUUCCUUCAUUCCCUCAAUAAAUCAAAGAGACCCUUUGUCAUGGACGCACUUUCAGAAAGUAAAAAGAGUUUAACUGAUGUGAAAGAAAGUGAAUCUUCAUCCUCAAAAUAUGGGACCGUGAAGCUGGCGUUAUUCGGCUCCACGCAACAUGCCAGGUAUAAUUCAGCUCUUGGCCUAAAGAGCCAAAAUUCAGCUACAGGAGCCGAGGCCAAAAGGAUCACUGGACCUCCAGAAGUCCUCUCUGUGAGUCUCAGACCUUUGAAGAGAAAGUUGAAUGAAUCUGUGCCUACAGGGGAACCUUCUGUCAAACUGCAGAUUUAUGAAAAAUGGCGUAAAAGUUUACCUCCAACUCAGAUUAGAUACAAAGGGAAAUUAAAAUCACAGAAGUUUCUGUCUUCAUCUGGAGCCAGUCUCAAGAAAUCUGAGAGGGAUGGAAGUUUGAAGCAGCCGAUUUUCUCUGAAAGGAGAAUCUGGAAUGUAAAAACUGUCACAGAGAGGGGGAGGUUACUCUCCAAUGGACCAAAAUACAGGAAGGAAAAGGCCAAAACGGGAAGGAAAAGACAAGGGGAUGUGGUUGCAGUCAGGCAUCAUGGAAACAGACACCACACAGACCCGCCUCAGCAGGAGAACAUCAUCUUGAAGUUCAGUGUGUUACCCACAACCUUCAACUUCGAGGAUGAACCCCACGAGACAAAAACCCCCAACAACCCCGCUCCAGAUGAGACUGAAGAAGAUGAAGGAAAGAGCUCAGUCAAUACUUUCACGAGGGAAAAAGGUUCAUGGAACAAACAUGCGGAGAAGAAGUAUUGUCCUCUGCGUCAAAGCUCCGGCCUUUUCCAGGAGUUCCAAAAGAAAUACAAGAAGCUGAGGCAGCAGGACUAACGUGAAGGAGCAAAAACAGACAGAAAAUGAUUCAUGUUAAACAGUGUUUACAGAAAUUAUGGUUUUCUGUUAUAAAAAGUGAACUGAAGACAGUUUUGUGUCGUCAGCUCUUAGUACUCUGUAAUAUUACCAUCACAUUUGUCUUCCUAAGUGUUCUAAACAGGGCUGUAAAGUCAUUCAGUGAAGGAGCUUUUCUUCAUGUCUUAAAUACCUCAUGCUCAAACCGAGCUUGCAGACAGGCUGAACUGUAAGCAACAUGUUUUUGUUUUUAAUUUUGUCUUUUUACGAUCAGUGUUUAUACUUUAUUUUUAUAUUUGCAUGUAAAGUCAGAUUUUUAUGAGAAAAGAAAUGUUUGCUUUGUGUGUUCUUUGAAAACUGCUUUUACAUUUUCUACAUAAAUUUAUUAUUUUUAC